UUUCUCUGGCCCAACUCAGUUGAAAGACAUACACAUAGGGAUCAACAACACAAACUCAAAAAACAAGAAUCAAAGUACAACUCUGGUUCCAAAACCCUACGCAGUUAAGUCGCAAAGAUGUUGGUUUAUCAGGAUUUGCUUACCGGCGAUGAGCUUCUUUCUGACUCGUUUCCUUACAAGGAACUUCUAAAUGGGAUUCUUUGGGAAGUUGAGGGAAAGUGGGUUGUGCAAGGAGCUGUUGCCGUUGACAUCGGUGCAAACCCUUCUGCUGAAGGAGCUGAUGAUGAUGAGGGUGUUGACGAUCAAGCUGUGAAAGUUGUUGACAUUGUCGACACCUUUAGACUCCAGGAACAACCGCCUUUUGAUAAGAAGCAGUUUGUCGCGUAUAUCAAAAAGUACAUCAAACUACUGACCCCCAAGCUCGAAGCGGAGCAACAAGAAUUUUUCAAGAAAAACAUUGAGGCUGCAACAAAGUUCCUCCUCUCAAAGCUCAGUGACCUCCAAUUUUUUGUUGGGGAGAGCAUGCAUGAUGACAGUAGCAUUGUGUUUGCUUAUUACAAAGAAGGCGCCGCAGACCCGACGUUCUUGUACUUUGGUCCUGGGCUGAAGGAGGUUAAAUGUUAAGUUUCAAGUUAAUUGUGUACUUCUAAAACAAUUAUUCUAGGUUUUAUUACAAGUUGGGAGAUGGAUUUCUGUUUAAACUUCAAAUUACUUAUGCUAUACUUCUUGAGUUACUUUG